AUGUACGGACCAUCGAUGGUCAACACCACGUAUCAAGGAGCUAUUGUAUCUGUGUACAAUGCUGGACAAGCCAUUGGUGGCUUGACCACUGGUUACGUUGCCGAUAAGCUCAGCCGAAAAUACACCAUCAUGAUCGCGUCCAUCUUGACUAUUAUUGGCGCGGUCCUUCAAUGCGCCGCCGUCAAUAUCGGCAUGAUGAUCGCGGGUCGCCUCGUAGCUGGCAUCGGCUGCGGCCAGAUCCUCUCCGUCGUCCCCAUCUACCUUGCUGAAGUAUCAAAGCCCGACCAGCGCGGCUUUCUAGUCGGUCUCCAAGGAAUGAUGAUUGCGAUUGGCUUCGGCGUCGCCAACUGGAUCGGAUACGCUGGCGCCUUUGCCAAAGGCGACAGACAGUGGAGGAUUCCUCUUGCUAUGCAACUGCCCAUUCCCGUACUGCUUGUCGUCAUGAUCUUCUUCGUGCCAUUCUCUCCGCGUUGGUUAGUACUAAAAGAUCGGUAUGAUGAAGCUGGACAAGUACUCGCUCGCCUGCAUGAUAAUGACCAUGACGAGACCUUCGUUGAGCAGGAGCUUUUGCAGAUCCGAACCCAGAUUCAGCUUGAGAGGGAACAGGGUAACCUGGACUGGUUCACAGCCCUUGGACUCAUGUUUUCACGCAAGUAUGUUCGCCGGACCUUGACGGCUUCAUUCAUCGUGACUAUGAGCCAGCUCUCAGGUUCAUCAGUCAUUCAGAAUUUCCAAGGCGUCUUCUACCAAACAGUCGGCUUUACAGGUCGCACUGCCCUCUUGAUCAGCGGUGUCUAUGGCAUGAUGGGUAUCAUCGGUCAGAUCAUAUACCUCGUCUUCGUCGCUGAUAAGUUGCCACGAACACGCACCCUCUGGUCUGGCUCCAUUGUGCUCUGCGUCAUGAUUGCUAUUUGCAUGGCUCUCAGCGCAGAAUUUGGAUCGUCACAUAAUGAAAACCAGGCUGGCGCAAGAGGUGCUACUGCGUCCAUCUUCCUCUACUCAAUGAGCUACGCUAUCUUCUUCAAUGCCAUGAUCUGGGUGGUUCCUUCGGAGCUCUUCCCUUUCUUCUUGAGAACUAAGGGUAUGGCUCUAGCUGUGGCAACAAAGGCGAUCGUGGCUAUCGUUUUGUCUCAGAUAACACCAUUGGCUAUUGCUAAUGUCAGUUGGCGAUACUACUCACUUUUCAUUGCAUCUAAUGCUGCAGCAGCGUUGUUCUACUUCUUCCUUCUUCCCGAAACCUCCGGUAGAAGCCUCGAAGAGAUAGCCGUGUUAUUCGGGGACGAUGUUGCAGUUUCAUCUUCUCAAGCCGAAGCGAAGCUUGGUCACAUUGCCGAGGCCUAUCAGUCAGAACAUCAAGUCUCCAAAAGAGAGGAUGAGUAG